UUUUAGGAAAACAGUCCAUGGCUGGGCGGACGGUGAUGCGUUCCGGAAAUACAGGCGGUCCAAAUAAAACUUGCCAGUUUAAAUUGGUUUUGUUGGGUGAAAGUGCAGUUGGGAAAUCAUCAUUGGUCCUAAGAUUUGUAAAAGGGCAAUUUCAUGAAUACCAAGAAUCGACAAUUGGCGCUGCAUUCCUCACUCAAACUGUUUGUCUGGACGAUACCACAGUGAAAUUCGAAAUAUGGGAUACUGCUGGACAGGAAAGAUAUCAUUCAUUAGCACCGAUGUACUACCGCGGAGCACAGGCGGCAAUAGUUGUUUAUGAUAUUACAAACCAGGAAUCAUUUACGAAGGCGAAAAAUUGGGUAAAAGAAUUGCAGCGGCAAGCCAGUCCAAACAUUGUAAUUGCUUUAUCUGGAAAUAAAGCAGAUCUUGCAAACAAACGAGUCGUAGAGUAUGAGGAAGCUCAAGCUUAUGCAGAAGAUAAUGCGUUGUUGUUUAUGGAAACGUCAGCAAAAACGGCAAUGAAUGUAAAUGACAUCUUCCUUGCGAUUGCUAAGAAGCUACCAAAAGGUGAUGGAAGUGGUGGUGGUCCAUCAGGACGCGGCCAUGAAGGAAUAGAUAUCGGCCAAGAGGGUCAAGGUCAAAGUGUAAGCUCUGGUUUAUGCUGUAAAUAAUGCAGACGGAAUAUCCAGCACUAAAAGCAACAACAACAAAGUGCAUUUUGUUUGAUUCUUCGCGGAGAGUGAGCAGCAUUUGCUGGCUUCAACAAACAUCAGCCUUUUAUUAUUAUUGAUCAAAAAAAUCUGAUACUUCGAAAAUUCUAUAUUCUUUUCAAUUACGCUUUUCAGAGCAAUCGAAAAGGCAUUAUUUCAUUAUUGGUGCUCUGAAUUUCCAUCUUAUAAUACUGCAACUUCGAAAAGUCAUAACCCCUUUAAUAUCCAUCCGUUCGUAGUGACUAUUUUCCGGGGGCA